AUGGCUCGAAAGGCCCGCCAGCGCAUCAGCUAUGUCCUGCCCCUCGCCAAUAGCGCUGGCGGACAUCGGCUGGGCGUCAACGGGCUGGCCGUCGACAGCCACACUUCCACGCUCUACUCGGGCGGUCGCGACGGUGUGAUAUGCGCCUGGGAUCUGAACAUCGACCUGAACAACAGGGCCAAUGCGCCAGAUCACGAUGCGAAGCUCGCUGCCUCUCCCGCGACGGCCUUCAGGCAGCAGGUCCAGGCGCAUACCCACUGGAUCAACGAUAUCGCUCUGGCGCAAUCCAACCAGGCCUUGAUAUCCGCCUCCUCCGACAUAACAGUCAAGCUCUGGCGACCCAAUGCUGCCGAUGGACUUCCUCCCCAAACCCUUGGCCUUCACAGCGACUAUGUCAAGACCCUAGCAGUGCCGUACGCGACUUGCGACUGGGUUGCGAGUGGGGGAUUGGAUCGAAAGAUCAAUGUCUGGGAUCUGAACGGACAUGGCCAGAGGCUGAGCAUUGAUGUUGGCGCGGACGAGGCAGCGACCAUGUUGAGCAAGGAGAAGGGCAGUGUGUAUGCCCUGGCGGCAACAAACUCUCUGCUUGCGUCUGGCGGUCCGGAAAGCACGGUACGGGUAUGGGACUGUAGGACAGGCAAGCGUGUUACAAAGCUGGUCGGCCAUACAGACAACAUCAGGGAUAUCCUGAUCAGCCAGGACGGAUCAACCAUCAUGACUGCCAGCAGCGAUCAAACCGUCAAGGCUUGGAGUACAAUCGCCGGGCGCUGCAUGUUCACCCUCACUAUGCAUGAUGCGAGCGUGUGGUCCCUUUUCUCGUCCGAUCCCGACUUGUCCAUCUUUUAUUCCAGCGAUAAGAACGGCUUAGUCGCCAAGACAGACACUCGCAACACCAUUGAACUGGACGAAGGCCUUUCCGUCGCUGUGGCCCAGGAGCAUGAGGGUGUGCACAAAGUGAUCACUGCUGGAGACUGCAUAUGGACGGCCACCAGUAGACCAAGCAUCAAUCGGUGGCGCGACGUCAAUACGGAUAACGCCGAGAUCGAAGUGCCUGAGAACUACAAUACCCACAGGUUGAGCUCGGCAACUGCCAAGUCGAGGUAUCCAAGCCCACCCAACAGCCGGGAUCUUACCCAGACAGCGUCACAGCAGGAUCAUGGAAAGCGCAAAAUCCCUCUCAAGCACAUGCUACGUCUCAGCAACACCGCUUUCUUCCCUACGCCCCUCGUUGAGGCUGCCGACUCCCCAUCAACACGAAGAGCGACGCUAGAGUCUCAAAAUCUUGAAGCAUCGAUAAUGCAGCCGGUUCGCGGUCAACCGGAGUACUCUGUCGAAGGACAGAAUGGACUAAUAAAACACGUAAUGUUGAAUGAUCGCAAAAGAGUGCUAACACUAGACACCGCCGGCGAAGUUGUCAUGUGGGACCUUUUGAAGUGUGUGCCAAUCCGAUCUUUUGGUAAACGGCAUCUCGAGGAUGUAAAGGAGGAGGUCACAACAAACUCGACUGUUGCAAACUGGUGCACGGUGGACACCCGAACGGGCAGCGUUGCCGUUAUCUUGGAGGAGAACACCUGUUUCGACGCUGAAAUGUAUGCCGACGAGCUGGAGCUGGAGGACAACAUUGAUUUCCGAGAAGACCAGCGCAUUAACUUGGGGAAAUGGGUGUUAAGGUACCUGUUCAAUAAUCUAAUCGCCGAAGAGAUCAAGCGGGACGAGAUCUAUCGGGAGCAGCUCUUGACAACUCGAGAGCAGCAGAGAUUGCAGCGAGAGAAUGCACCAUACAGCAUACAGAUACCCAAUGCACACAUGAAUGGUUGGGGCCGCGAUACCGGGGAAACAGCAUCUGUACCGACACAUAGAGCCAUUGCGAAUGGCGUCAAACCUCCAGUGACUCCAGGUUCCAACAUUGGGCUUGCAACUCCGGGCAUCACGAGCUCACCUGCUCAAACGAAAACGGCGCCAAAUCUGCCACCAACGGAGGAGGAGGGAGCGCCGCUUGAGCAGACGGCUUCCCAACAACUCCCGCGAAACUCCGGGGAAGGAAGCGCCGACUACUUUUCAACCUCACGAUUGCCGAACACGCACUUGAAUACACCCGGAGGAUCCCAGCCAGCAACAACGCCAACGGAGAGCCACGAACCGCAAACGCCCUCCGUGGAAGGACCGCCGACCGCCACCUCUGGUAAAGAAGGGAUAUUCGGCAAGAAGUUCAGAAUGGGCAUGUCAUUUAGCGGCAUGAAGAAGAUCGGUCGCACACAAACGAAUGACCGGCCUGCGCCGGUAGAAGAGAAGGAAGAGACCGAAUCCGACACCCAUUCGAGUAAGACGAGCAACAGUCGGGUGGUAGAUGAUAACCUGCUCGGUACUGUCCAGAAGAUUCGAUUCGCCUACGAGGACCUGUUACACCAACAGAUGCAAGCUCAGCAGGCUUUUGAGAAUGGCCUUCCCGUACCACCAGCCACGAUUGACGUUCCAUCAGCUAUCGUCCCUUCGCUGCCCAAUGAGACGCCCGUGCUGAGACCACCCCUCAACACCACAAUCCUCAUCCAAGAAGACCGGCCUGAAGCCGGGGGCGUCGCGGAUCUCUUCGAGGGCACGGUAGGAGCACUCGGCGAUAUGUGCGAUGUUGCCGAGAAGGCCGCGCCGAUGUGGCUGGGUGAAGUGCUACUACGGAAUCAGAUCCCAGCAAAGGACAUUGUUAAGAUUUCGUUCAUACUUGAACCAUUCCAAGGGUCAGGACUGCCAAGCAUUGCGAGUGACGGUAACAACCGUUUGAAUGCUAAUCGCAUGUUGCGUGCAAGGAAGAUUAUGGGAUAUGUAGCCGAGAGGAUCGAGCCUGCGCACGCGGAAGGAGAAGUAAGUGGAGAUGGGAAGGUGUGGAGGCCGGAGGAAUACCUGGAGCUCUGGUGUCAGAACCAGGUAAGUUCCAUCCUUGACACUCAACGGUGUCGUGGCGAUAUAUUGACUGGCCUGUAGCUUGUGCCUCCGACCAUGACCCUCAUGACGAUUCGGUCGCAUCUCUGGCGAGGAGGCGGAGAUGUCGUCCUCUACUACCAAGCGAACGGUAGGAAACCUAUCGUGCAUGCCUCAGCAGCGCCGCAGCAGGUGGAGUCAGGAUACCCCCCUAACAAACCUGCGAGUACAAAGGAGACAUCAGCCUAG